AAUAAUUUUGAAAUAACAAAAAUUGCUAACUGAGACUAAAAAAAUUGGGGACGGAAGGACUAUUUAUUUAAGAUCUUCGUUUUUUCCCUCACAAAAUUGAACUAGACUCCAUAGAUUUCCGCCUGGAAUAGUGGUUUAAUUGUCACUUUGGCUUUCCCUAUCCCUAUGCUUUUAUUCUCACAUUCAGAAAUUUAGAAACACGACCUCGACUCCAGUGCUCUUUAUUCUGCACCUCUCUCUCUCUCUCUCUCUCUCUCUCUGACUCUCACUCUUCCCCUUGCCUCGCCUAUGCCGCCGCCGUCUCCACCGGCCGCCCGCCCCCUCUGCCGCCUGCCGCCUAUCACAACCUGUCGGAAACAAUGAGAUGAGUGAGCAGGGAAUCGUUCCCCUCACAAUCUGGUAAGCAAAGUACAAAAAUACUAAGUACCAAAUACCCAUUAGAUUGCUCUCUUCCAGACGUUUAGCGGCUCCGCCUUCUCUGCGCAAACAGUGAUAGCCACGCCGCCUCCGGGAUAAAAGAGCCCAGAAUACAAGCCUAGUUUCCCGAUCUUCCUUGCACGGACACGACCACCACCACAGCCACACGACAAUGUCUCUCUCCACCGCCACCGCUGCCGCCGCCACUUCCCCCACCGACCUCAAACAACGAGUCCUCCUCUGCCUCGCCAAGCUCUCAGACCGCGACACCCUCUCCCUCGCCUCCGCCGAGCUCGACUCCAUUGCCCUCGCCCUCCCCCCGCACUCCCUCUCCCCCUUCCUCUCCUGCCUCUCCACCGCCUCCUCCUCCUCCGACAAAUCCCCCGUCAAGAAGCACUGCGUCCGCCUCCUCGGCCUCCUCUCCUCCGCCCACGGCGACGCCCUCUCCCCGCACCUCCCGAAAAUCCUCUCCUCCCUCCUCCUCCCCCGCCUCCGCGACUCCGCCUCCGACUCCGCCCUCCGCUCCGCCUGCGUCCACUCCGUCUCCCUCAUGGCCCAAAAUAUCACCAAACCCCCCUUCUCCUCCUUCCUCAACCCCCUCGCCGACGCCGUUUUACACAACCAGGAUCACAACUCCCAAAUUGGCUCGGCGCUGUGCCUAUCGGCUGCGAUCGAGGCGGCCAAAGGUGACGUGGACAGGGCGCAGCUGCAGAAGCUCUUGCCUAGGUUUUUAAAACUGGUUAGGAGCGAGGGGUACAAGGCGAAGGCGGCGGUGUUGGCGGCUAUCGGGAGCGUUGUCGGCGCGGGAGGGGCGUCGAGUCGGAAUGUGGCGGGGAGUUUGGUUGCGGGGUUGGGGGAGUUUCUGAGCAGUGAGGAUUGGGCGGCGAGGAAGGCCGCGGCGGAGGCGUUGGGUAGGUUGGCGGUGGCGGAGAGGGAUCUGGUGGCGGAGUUCAAGUCGGCAUGUUUGGCGUCGUUGGAGAGUCGGAGAUUCGAUAAGGUCAAGAUUGUUCGUGAAACAAUGAAUCGCACACUGGAGCUUUGGAAGGAGGUCCCGGGGGAUCCUGAAAGGCUUUUGACUCGGUCUCAAUCUAAAUCAUCGUCGAAAGGUGAUGUUGGUGUUCAAUGCUCCCCUUCUGUAUCAAGAAGUUCCUCUGAUGACUCUUUUGAAACUCCUAAACUGAAGAAAACUCCUCCCGCAAGCAGGCUGCCUUCGUCUGAUACUUCAUUUGCUAACAUCGCCCUAAAAAGAAGUCCUUCGAAGAGCAUCGACAAGAAACCUAGUAUAACCACGAUGGGUAAGGUAGACGUAAAGAAUAAUUCUGACUGGAGCAUUAAAAUUGCUGUGCCACAGCCUUCAUCUUUACAAGUGGCUAGUAAUGUUGAUUUUAAGGAUGGAAAUGUUGGAGUUGUGGAUUCAAUAACGUAUGAGAGCAGCAGGAAUUUGAAAUCAGAAACAAAAAGUGUCCUCUUCAGUGAACCCUGUCAUGAAAAAUUGCAUAAACUUGUUGGUUUGAGAUCUGGGUCUCGUGUUGUUCCCGUCUGUGAGAUUGAUGACUGCAAGUCGGAUGUUGUUAAGAAGAAUUCUGACCAGAGCAUUAUUAAAAUUGCUGUGCCACAGCCUUCAUCUUUACAAGUGGCUCGUAAUGUUGAUUUUAAGGAUGGAAAUGUUGGAGUUGCGGAUUCAAUAACGUAUGAGAGCAGCAGGAAUUUGAAAUCAGAAACAAAACGUGUCCUCUUCAGUGAACCCUGUCAAAAAUUGCCUAAACUUGGUGGUUUGAGAUCUGGGUCUCGUGUGGUUCCCGUCUGUGAGAUUGAUGACUGCGAGUCGGAUGUUGUACAGAGCAAUGCUAUUGAAGAUGUCGAUGGGAACCAGAAAGAUAUUGAGGGUCUAAAUUUGGUCCGUAAACAGCUUGUUCAGAUUGAAAAUCAACAAUCCAGUCUUUUUAACCUCCUCCAGAGGUUCAUUGGUAGCUCCCAAAGUGGAAUGAAUUCCCUGGAGACACGUGUAAAUGGCCUUGAGAAGGCACUGGACGAAAUAUCAUAUGAUUUGGCACUAUCUACUGGCAAGAUUUCAAACACCGACUCUGCGGGAAAUGCAUGUUGCUUGUUACCUGCUGCAGACUUUUUGAGUCCAAAGUUUUGGAAGAGAGCAGAAGGCCAGUAUUCUUCUCGGUUUUCUUUCCCCGGAAGAAAUCAUUUGCUGCCAGCCAUGCUAAGUAUGCCAAAUAAAGAUGCAUAUGUUGAAAUUUCUAAUCUGGGUAGCCCAAAUGAUCGGUGCCAAAGUUGGCAUAGAUUUGUGGCAAGCCCGGUAGCAAAUCCUCACAGGAACUUAAGGGGAGGCCUAAAGUCAUGCUCAAGUAAAAAUCUGAAGAUAAGUCAAGAUGCUGAUAAGUUAAUAGCAUGUGGCGUUGGUGGCCUUGAGGGGACUUUGAUUCCUGGUUGUGCUGCUGCAGCAAACAUGAUCAGAUGAUCAUGUGCUUAACGUGGGGGUUCAAUUUCCCAAACUAUUCCUCUAAGAGAAACAUUUUGCUCUUUCAUCACCAGAAGAAAACGAGAAUGAAGCUGAUUCAUGCAGACAAAUUACUCCUAUGCGCACAGAAAUGAGACCUCAAAUUGAAUGCAACUUCGUAGUAUUUCUCAGAAUAGUAUUGACACUACUAUGAAAUCCUUAGUUUUGAGGGCUGCGAUAGAGUAUUGACGACAUUGCUAAGCUAGUCGUGCAGCCGAUUUCCGGUGUAAUUUGGUGGAGGUAGUAUGCAUACAUGUUUGGUUUUGCAACAUUGUCGUGUACAGUGAUUCAUGUUUUCUGUUUUCUUGUGGUUCAGCUGGUAAUCCUUUCACAUAAGCCGAAGAAAUAAAAGGAACUCCUACUA